AUGAAUUUGCCGCCGGGAUUCCGAUUUCGUCCCACCGAUGAAGAACUCAUCACACACUACUUAUCAAAGAAGGCUCUGGACAACGAUUUCUCGGUCAUUUCAAUUGGAGAAGUUGAUCUGAACAAGGUUGAAACAUGGGAGUUGCCUUGGAAAGCGAAAAUAGGGGAGAAAGAAUUGUACUGUUUCUGCGUGAGGGAUAAGAAGUAUCCGACUGGUUUAAGGACCAACAGAGCUACGGCGAAUGGAUAUUGGAAAGCAACCGGGAAAGACAGUGAGAUUUUCCGGGGAAGAUUCUUGAUCGGAAUGAAGAAAACUAUGGUGUUUUACAUGGGUAGGGCACCUAAUGGAGAGAAAUCGAACUGGAUUAUGCAUGAAUAUCGUCUUGAAGGAGAAAUACAAAGCUACGAAUGGCCAAAAGUCCAAAGUCACAAAUGGGUUAUUUGUAGGGUUUUUCACAAGACUGCCGGCGGGAAGAAAAUACCCAUCUCAUAUUUAUUUCCGAUUAUGAAUUCAACUAUCGCCGUCGUUGGAACACACUCUCCUCUUCCAUCCGGCACCAAUCAAUUAGAUAUCAAAGAUUACAUCAUCAAUCGUGAUUUCUCACUAGCACCACCGCCGCCGUUGCCACCUUCUUACCCCGUGAUGAAUCCGGUCAAACAGUACCCAGAUCAGCCCUACAUUCAAGAUCAAUCCCUUAUGACGAAUUCAGUGACUUACUAUAGACCGAACAAUAACAAACAGACCAUGAAAACAGAGUUUGUCAGCAUGUCUGAUCAGGAUUCAUGCAUGGGCAACGACGACAUCCCGGUGUUGUCGCACUGGGAAAUGGGGCAGCGGCCAUUUUAG